UAUCGAGUCAACAAUAAGAUCCGCUGGUAUUUCUCCCCGGGUCAAACCAGUAAGGGAUUGGCGCAAUUGGGCAAUUACGCAAACCCCUACCCUUCGAUGCCGUGGCUCCUUGCCUAAUAUCCUUCUCCUCACGAUCGCAGCGUCUUCGAGAUCGAGAACAAAACUUCACACCACGUCUCCAAUUCCAAAAGCGCAGUCUCCACCAGCAUACUCGGAAAGCCUUGAAUGUACCAAACCUGCUUUGGAACAGCUAGACUGAAGGAACAUUCGAGCGGCUCUGAAUUCCCAGACGCGCGCCCUUGCAGCCGAUACUCGACGCGUUCUUGCGGAGCUGAACAAGACCUCCCAACUGUCACACCAGCCGUUGAAUGUGUAGAGCAUUGUGCUUGCAAGUGUCUGCCCUUCCAGGUCAUAUGAGGAGUCGCUAAGAGGUGGCCGUAAUGUCGUACAAUCACCAUCAUCAACGCUAUGAUCGCGGUGAACAGGAACAGAUCGACUCAGAUGAAGCAAUGGCCGUCCGCUUACAGGCCGAGGACAACCAGAACUAUUCACAGCAAUAUCCGUCAUCGGGAUCUAUGAGGACAUCCGGAUACCUUGGUCAUGGGUACCAAGGAGGUUCACCUCAAAAACAAGGUGGCGAUCAUUAUCAAGGUAGCCCCCCUCAAGGCAAUCACGGCGUACUUCCUCAAGGCUAUCAGCGUGGACCUCCCCAAGGCCACCGACGCUAUCAACACCAAGGAGGCCCAGGCCUCGAGAAUCAAGGACAGAGUCAAGGUCAAACACAGACCCUUUACCAAGGAGCGUCACAACAGGACCCAUAUCCUGGAGGCCCGCCACCGCAAGCUCAACAUCCAUAUCUAAGGUUACCACAGCCUCUUCGAAGAAAAUCUCUGUUGAUAGGAAUCAAUUAUGUAGGUAGCCAACAUUCACUCCGUGGAUGUCAUCAGGACGUGACGAAUAUGAUGGAUUUUCUAAAAUUUAAAGGCUACUCGAGCGACCCAAAGGAUCAAGUUAUCAUGCGAGAUGACCGAGAUACGGACCCACGGGGACCAUUCUUCCCAACAGGCAAGAAUAUUCUGGCUGCGAUGCACUGGCUAAUAUCUGAGCCCAACACCUGCAACUUUCUGCACUAUUCCGGCCACGGGAGCCAGGUCAAGGAUCCAGAUGGCGAUCGCGACUCAGGCUUUGAUGACACAAUCGUGCCGGUCGACUUUGAAUCCAACGGCCAAAUUGACAGUGACAAGCUGCAUCGCACCCUUGUGUCCGCGCUACCUGCCAACAGCACACUCUUUGUGAUUUUCGACUGCUGCCACAGUGGCUCCGCUAUUGAGCUACCAUACGUUUACCGUAGUGACGCCGACGGCAAUGUCACCUUGAUGGACAAUGUUAAAACUGGCAUGGGAUUGCUCCACGAGGCCAGCAGCCUGAUCCACGGCGGGUUCACGAUAGACAAGCUCGCGCAGGCCAAGGAACUGUUCGCCGGCGCAAACACCUUCUUUAAACAGCUCCAGCACUCCAAUGAGCCGCAGGAAGAAGGCGUUGGUGAGGAGCAUUUCGUAGAGGACUGGAAAUCCGAGCAUAAGUUUGUGACCAUGUUUUCUGGCUGCCGUGACGAUCAGACAAGCGCAGACGCAAGUAUCGGUGGAGCGAGCGUUGGGGCCAUGUCAUGGGCAUUCCUGGAGACGAUGAAAAGCAACCCAAAUCCGACAUAUUUGAUUACAUUGCAACAAACGAGAUCAGUUCUUGGCCAAAGUAAUUACAGGCAAGUGCCGCAAUUGUCGAUUGGCUUUAAAGAACUCGAUCUGAACCAGCCGUUGAGGUUCUAGAAUGGGGAGUCGAAAGCUAGAGCUAUCCAUGCUUGAACGAGUAUUACGCGAUAUAAUAUGGUGGCGAGUAGGCAUCAUGACAUUAGGCACAUCAAAUUGCAGAUGGACUAUGUUUCCGGAUUUGCUCUCAAAGCCUUACAGCCUUGUAUCGUCAUAGGAACCAUGUCUGAUCAGAUAUCCUCAAGUUCUAACAGGAGCCCACCUUGAUGGCCGAGAUAUCCAAUCAUGCGGACGAACAGACAAGAAAGUCUUGUGAGACUGUGCUCGUAACGCCUUGCUCAAAGGAUCGCAGGCUCGGCACCAUUCGGAUAGGGACAAAGAAGCAAACCUAGCUAUUUCCAACAAUUGUGACGCAAUGCUGACGAGCUAGUAAUCAGAAGAGAAACACAGAGCCCUGGCGCCAGGCCUCGGAACA